GCGACGCCAAUGGAGUUCCAGUACCUCCCCGAGGACAAAGAUCCUUACGGUACCCAGGAGAAGCGGCGCAAAACACACAACGAAUUUGUCAACAUGCUUCAUAAAUGUCAAAUGCAGGGGGUAUCCUUGCCCAAGAGGCCCAUAUCGAUACCCAGUCGAGGGCCCGACGGGAAGGUGAAGACCAAACAUUUCGACAAAUCCUCCCACACGGGUACCAGCACCCCGGACCUGCUGGGCGGCACCGGGCCAGUGCCCUCGGUCUUCCCGCCGCUCGACGGCCUGAGCCUGGAGCCCCGCCGCGGCCAGGAGGGGCGAGCGGCCAGGUGCCCAACCUCGGCCCCAUCUUCCCGCUCUUCCAGCCGGCGGGGGCCGGCCUGCUGGGCAACCUGUUCCCGCCGCCGCCUCAGCCGCAGCCCAAGGCCGCCGAGCCGCCUGCCCCCUUCUCCACCAUCGACGCCACUGAGCUGUUCGGCUCGUCGUUCCAGGCGAGCUCCGAGGCGGUGGGCCUGGACAGGCCCGAGCUGUACCUGGGCGAGCCGGGCGUCGAGCAGCUGCUGCCCGGCCAGGACGGCGAGUGCGUCAGCCUGGGCUCCAUCGACAACGUGGAUUUCCGGGAGCUGCUGCGGGCCGAGCUGCCCCGCCAGCCGGACUUCGGCCUUGCCAGCCCACCGCAGCAGCCCACCCUGAUGAGCUACUCGCCCGACCUGCUCAAGCUGAUGGUCAGCAGCCAGGAGCCAAGGGUCGGGGGUGGGGGCGGGCCCGGGCCCGGGGUCGAGGCGGUGGCGCUCAAUGGCGAGCUGGAGGCGGCGGCGGCCGACUUCCUGCCGGACGAGGACGACCCGCUAAUGUCGCUCUUCUCACAGAGCUUCGAGCUCAUGAACUCGUCCGAGAUCAACAAGAUCUAUGAGGCGCAGCGGGAGUGAGGGAGCGGGGGAUGAGGGAGGGGGUAGAGUAAAGGAGCGGGGGAUGGGGGGGUAGGAUGAGGGAGGGGGUAGAGUGAGUGGGUAGAGGGAGGGAUGAGGGAGCUGUCCCGGUUGGGCCCCUCCAUCUACACUCUCUCUCCCCCAUCCCUCUUCCCCCUCCCCACCAUCCCCUCUCUCCCAUCGACCCCCCCGCCUCUCCCUCUACUCCUCCCACCAUCCCCCCUCACCUCUCCUGCCCCUCAGCCCCCCCACCCCUCUGACCCAUCUACCCCUCCUGCCUCCAUCCCCUCUAUCCCCCACCGCCUCUGCUCCUCCCCGUCCCCUCUGCCCCCCCACCUCUCCGU